AUGCUUGGUUCUCUUUUCACAGUGGCGCUCCUUGCCACAGCAGGGGUCGCCUCACCUGUUGAGGUCAAAAAGCGAGAGGAUCCUAAUACGGGUUUGACUUGGAUCUAUAAGAACUUGUCCCUUCCGAAGGUCAUGUUGUAUAACACGGGUGACGGGACCAUCUUGUCAGGCUCUACUUUCGGGCGUCUGGACAAUAUUAACUACGGAGGCGGUACUGGUGGCCUGACCCCAGAAACGCUCAUCUCCGAUGUCAGCGAGGUCCUUGAUGUUGCUCAGUUUGCCGUUCGCAACAUUGGCGGUGGCGGCAGUGCCAAUGCGGACUCUGAUCGAUUCCUGAACAUUUCCAUGGACGCCCACCAGCGACUUUGUACGCCGGACUCUGAUAUUGUCGGCGCAGUCAUGAUUCACGGAACCAAUACAUUGGCUGAGACUGCCUUCGGUGUUGACCUCACCCUGAACUGCUCAAAACCAUUCAUUGCCACAGGUUCGAUGCGUCCCAACUCAGCUCUCUCCCCUGACGGACCCUCGAACUUCUAUGAUGCCGUUCGAACUGCGAUCCACCCCGAGGCGCGUGACCGUGGAGCCAUGAUUGCCUUUAACAACCACUUGGUGUCUGUUUUCUACGGAACCAAGACUAACGGAAACACCGUCACCACCUUCCUGGCUAUGGAUCAAGGAUACAUCGCACAGUUCCUAGCUGGACAGCCCUACUUCUUCUUCGGGCCGUCUUUGCCCAAGGGCCGUCACUACUUCAAUCCAUUUAGCAUCACUUAUCCUCUUCCGAAGGUGGUGGUUCUCUACGGACACCAGGGAUUCGAUUCUGGGCUAUUGUACGCUGCGGCUAAAGACGGCGCUAAGGGUAUUGUCGUUAUGGGAGUUGGUCCAGGAGGCAUGAGCACAGCUGCCACGGAAGCCGCCUACAAUCUCUACGACCAGGGAGUUGUCACUGUUAGAUCUCUCCGUCCAUUCUUCGGUGCUGUCGUGCCAGAAAUUGAAGAGGAUAACAUCAUCAAUUCAGGCUUCAUGCACGGCGAGCAGUCCCGCAUCCAACUACAGCUUGCUCUCGCAACAGGUUACGGUGUUGAUGGUAUUCGCGAGUUGUUCGAGGGCGAUAUCCGCCGGGCCGUCUAUAAUGAGGCAACGGCUUUUUAUAAUGCUACGGCGCUCUGA